GUCAGUUGACCUCGGACCCCAUACCUCCACCUUUUACAUCCUUUUGCUUCUGCCCCUUCCCCCAAGAGUUCUUAGCAUUCUCUCCCUCCUUUCCACAAUUAAUUGCAAAUAUCUUCAACCUACGUCCCCGCGUCUUUCAUUGCCACGAUUGUUUUCUUUCCUUCAUUUCAUCCCAAUAAUGUCGGCUUCUGCUCACGGACCAAUUCCGGAUCAUGACCCGGAUGACCCCCCAUAUCCAAGCGUUGAUCAGGAUAUCUUAGAUGAUUUAGAACUAAAACAGUACCAAUCUCCAGAACCACGCUCAGAUCUAAAUCGUUACCCACAACCGGGAAUGGCUAAACUUCAUGCUCUUCUUUCCAAGGAUAAAGCAAAGCUUGAUGAGCUCAAGUCUCUAGGGCGCGCUAAGGAUCAACUUCGCUUGUGGAACAAAUGCCAAGCUGAUGCGUUGGAGAUUUUGAGCUUGCCCCACGAUGAAGAGGUGGAUGUUUUCCCGUUCUUUGCCCUUCCUACCGAAUUGCGAUUGCUGGUAUAUCAGGAACUGCUUGUUACAGACGAUCGACUGAUAUUGUCAUGGAGGGGCCCGAAGAAGGCGAACAAGCACCAGAAGAGAAUGUACAUUGCGAUUCUGAUGACAUGCAGGUUGUGCGCGAAUGAAGGGCUUGCAACACUAUAUGGAGAGAAUGUUUUUGAUUUCGAGGAGAUCUGCGGUCGUCCUACUUUUGUAACGUCCUUCGUCAAACGUCUCAAACCCACGAACCUAUCUCUAAUCCGCAUUAUUGUGGUCGAGCACUCCGCCGCCUCCGAGGAACUUAUGCUGCAACACCCUGACUCCACAUUCAAACGGUUAUCCAUUGCCCAUAUCACCGCCUUCCUUGCCCCCUUCAACAUCAGCCUUUCGCAACUCCGCUGCUUUGCAGUCAGCCUUAUCCCGUAUGGUUUCGAUGACGCGACUACAUAUGUGAUGAAAGACCAGCUGCAUGCUGGAGGACAGAGUAAUAUGAGCACGAGGAUCCAGUGGCUGGAUAAGAAGAAUGCAGCAUUAGGAGAGAUGGCGGAACAGAUCUGUGAGAGGGUGGGCGGGUUCAAGAGAGUUGAGUUUGGAGAGAUUGAUAGGAAGAUCUGCUUUGAUUGGUGUCCUCCGUUCAUGGGUAGGCCUUGGCUGUUGUAUGAAAAGGGGAGUCAGAUGUAGCGAUUCUAAGGUGUCACCGUUGACGGUUUUGAAGUUGUACAGUUAGAGAUUUUGGAAGUUGUUUCUACUCUUCACACAGACACGCAUGCUGUUAGAUUCCGGGGAAGAUUUUUUGGAAGUGCUAUUUGAUUUUUGUUUGUUAGUCCAACAUCUUUACGUCUAGUUCGUGGAUUCCUUGGAACCUUUCUCUCUUAUAUAUGGAGACCUUCCUUUUCCAGCCU